ACCACUAGGCGGGCGCGCGGCCUGCGCCGGCGCACCGCCAGUCCCUUCGCGACGCUCGCGCCGACAUGUCUCCCCUGUGGAUCGUGCUCACACUGCUCCCCAUCCUCGGGGGCGCGGAAAGGUUCAACUGUCGGGGCCGAAUCCUGGGCGCCUACUACGCCGACGCUAAGGCCAACUGCAAAGCGUUCCACGUCUGCGUGCGCGUAGCGGGCGGCGGCAUACGGGACUUCAGGUUCUUCUGCCCGCCCGGCACGCUGUUCCACCAGGAGGCACAGACCUGCACGGACUGGGGCGACGAUGACCCGCUGGCCUGCCCCGCAGACCUUUACUUCGACGGUCAGUUUGAUCUCUACAAGAUCGGAUCCGGAUUUGACACUAAAAAACUGUCGUCGCCUGGUGCCCGCGAGGAAGAAGCGGAAUUCGGUUUACAGCGCGCCGAGACCGGCGACCGCCGUCUCGGCCAGAACAACGGUAACGCCCCCGCAUCGGACCUCCGCGCUGCCCACUCCUCCGACUUCUUCAGCGGACAACGCGACCGCGGCCGCGACGACUCCGCCCCGCCCGCGCCCCAGCCCGCUGCCUCCUCCCCCGCGCCCUCCGCACCCCAACGUGUCUCCUUCAGAAGACCCACCAGCCCCAGGACCACCCCUACUACGCAAUACACGAAUCCGCCACCCCCACCGCCACCGAAACCAUUCAGCAAUAACCAAUACGACCCCAAACGGAAACUCGUGCGCAAACGGCCCAUUCAUGCGUCCACUCUAGCUCCCUCGACAUUUGUACCUAGCUCUCCUCAACCUCAAUUCCCAGAGUACCAACAACCUGCGACUUUCGAACGUCGGGUCCCGCAGCAGAGCAGACCGAACCCUACUACGGUACCGGCUAGCGUCCCUCCUCAGUACAAAGAUGAGUACGUCGAAGUCAGCCGUGUGACACCUAAACAAAACAGAUACUUCUCUAACAAUCCCUCUCCCGCUCCUUUCUCCCAAACCACGACCCUAAAUCCUUAUUUCAGGAAAAAGGAAGGGCUUGUUGAGUUGUACAAUUAUAACGCACAAUCCACUCCGGGAAUCAACGUUCAAAAUGACAACAAACCGUUCAAAGUGAAAAACAGCUUCAGUGUGGCAACAGAUGUUCCUCAAGAACAAGACUUUGUGCGUACUAACGUAAAUAAAAAUAACAAUGGUAGAGGCACACCUACCACGGUAGAUUACAACACUGCUGCGAACCGCGGCUUUAGCACGACUCCUGCCUACAGAAAUUUCAAUAGCGUUUCCUACGAGCCGGAAAAGAACAACUUUGUCCAACACUCAAAUGCCAAGAAUUUCUUUAACAGCCCGUCGACUCCGGCAACAACCACUACGCUGUAUACGACUACUCGGACAGAUCCCUCGUAUAAUCUGAAUACGGUAGCCUAUAAUACGAACGUUGGCUUUAACGCGCAGUCAUCCAACUUCGCUGAAAGCGACGAGGACGACGGCCAGUACCGUCUCCCGGCCGGUGAAGACGACGGCCAAUACAGACCCGAACUGUACGAACGUGAGCGCGAACGUGACCGUGAACUCUUAUCUGGAGCUCACUCGCUCAACAUCGCUGCUAGCGGAAAUAGAUUGCCCGAAGAUCAACAAAAACAAAAGGGCAAAACGCAGAAACCAUCCAAGCCUGUAUCCCAAACGGCAGCGCCGAGACCUUUCAGACCCGCGCCCUCGCCCUCGACUACCAUCGCGCCCCCGUCGACCUUCGAACCCGCAUACACAACUACAUACAGGCCCCAGACAAGCACUCAGCGCGUGUUUGAUUACUUCCAAACUUACACAACCACCGUCAGGCCCAGUGAGCCACCAGCUCCCGUCCACGUACCGACUACAGAAAACUUCGGGAACGUGCCCGUGAGGUCGUCGACGACGGCGCUGCGCACCCCUGAGCCGCGGCCGACGACGCGCGCGCCCGCGCCGCCAACGCCCGCCACACGGCCCCCGCCGCGGCCCGCGCCGCAGCCCACGCCUCAGCCGGCACCCAAGGCGCCACACUUCGCCAAUCCCGCCAAACCCAAGGAGGACACGAGCUACGACUACGCGUAUUACGACUCAGACCCUGGGUUUUCGGAGUACGAUCACAUAGAAGAAUUCGGUAAAACAAAAACAAAAGCGUAAACUUGUCGUACCUAUUAAAAAUUUAACUACUGCCAUUAAAUUAGUCGCCUCUUUAGAUGAUAAUACAAAUGUAUGUUAUGAGUUCAUCAUUGGUGUGACAGAAUGCCUUAAGCCAGAUUAAAUCAAGAAUUUACUUUUCCUUAAAAAUAUUCUGUAGGUAAGUCAGGUUAAUACAACUGACCACGCGAAUGUUUGACCCGUGACGAGUAAUCCAUCUCUUUUUUAUUAGUUAUUGUGUGAGAUAAAUGGAUUACAGCACGUUACGCAACCAGUGACAAGAUAUUAAUCGCGGAUAAAAAAGUACAACAUAGCAAUGUAAGUACAUAUCUAAUUGAACCUUUUAAACCUUAUAAAAAUAUAGCUACACCAUAAUGAAGAUAUGUCUGCUACUCAA